AACAAGAAGGACCCAUACCCCCACCAGACCCAGUAGUGUGUUUCCCUAUAAAUGGCACUUGUCUCCUCCGAUCUCUUUCGUCUUCCUCGAAAAUACACAUGCCCGAACCAGCACCGGAGCAGGAGGGAGAAGAAAGAGAAGAACCAUAGAGAGAGAGAGUGAGUCUCCUUCUUCUGGGUUCCGCCAUUGUUGGCUAACCAAUUCGAACAUCAAGAUGGCGCUGAUAAUGGUGGACAAUUACAUCAUCGGGACUUUCUUUGCUUCUCUGCUAGGGUUUGUUCUUCUCUACAUUUUACGCCGCAACGCCACGACGAAGGGUAACAAGAGACGCAGAGCGGGCAGUGGAUUAUUUGAUGAUGAGAUCCCAAAUGAUUGUGUUCGGAGCUCCGCCAACGGAGAGGCCCGACCCGAAGGAGGACCCGAUGUUGACGUCAUCAUUGUCGGAGCAGGCGUCGCCGGUGCUGCCCUCGCUCACACCCUCGGCAAGGAUGGAAGGCGAGUUCAUGUAAUUGAAAGAGAUUUGACAGAGCCUAACAGAAUUAUUGGUGAACUGUUGCAGCCAGGAGGAUACCUAAAACUAGUCGAAUUGGGCAUUGAGGAUUGUGUGGAGGAAAUUGAUGCCCAGAGGGUGCUUGGAUAUGCUCUUUUCAAAGAUGGGAGAAAUACUAAAUUGUCAUAUCCAUUGGAAAAGUUUCAUUUGGAUGUGGCUGCGAGAAGCUUCCACAAUGGGCGGUUCGUACGGAGGAUGAGACAAAAAGCUGUUACUCUUCCGAAUGUACAACUAGACCAAGGAACUGUAACAUCACUACUUGAAGAAAACGGAAUUAUUAAGGGGGUUCAGUACAAAACUAAAAAUGGUCAAGGACUUAAAGCAUUUGCUCCUCUUACAAUUGUUUGUGAUGGAUGCUUCUCAAAUUUGCGCCGCUCUCUAUGCAACCCUAUGGUAGAUGUGCCCUCUUGCUUUGUAGGCUUGGUCUUGGAGAACUGUGAGCUUCCAUUUCCAAAUUAUGGGCAUGUUAUUUUAGCGGACCCCUCACCCAUCUUAUUUUAUCCAGUAAGUAGUACAGAGAUUCGUUGUUUGGUUGAUAUACCUGGUCAAAAGAUCCCUUCCAUUGCUAAUGGUGAAUUGGCAAACUAUUUGAAAACUGUGGUGGCUCCCCAGGUUCCACCUGAGCUGCAUGAUUCAUUUAUAGCUGCAAUUGAUAAGGGAAGUAUUAGAACAAUGCCCAAUAGAAGUAUGCCAGCUGCUCCUUACCCUACUCCUGGAGCACUAUUAAUAGGUGAUGCUUUCAACAUGCGUCAUCCUUUAACUGGUGGAGGAAUGACUGUGGCACUCUCUGAUAUUGUCGUUCUAAGGGAUCUCCUUAAGCCUCUGCGUGACCUGAACAAUUCGGCUUCAUUGUGCAGAUAUCUUGAAUCCUUUUACACCUUACGAAAACCUGUGGCAUCUACGAUAAAUACUUUGGCUGGAGCCCUGUAUAAGGUGUUUUGUGCAUCUCCUGAUCAAGCAAGGAAGGAAAUGCGUGAAGCAUGUUUUGAUUAUUUGAGCCUUGGAGGUGUGUGUUCAACAGGACCAGUGGCUUUACUCUCUGGUCUAAAUCCUAGCCCAUUGAGCUUGGUACUCCAUUUCUUUGCUAUAGCCAUAUAUGGUGUUGGCCGUCUCUUGUUACCAUUUCCUUCCCCUAAGUGCCUGUGGAUAGCAGCUAGAUUAUUUUUGGGUGCAUCGGCUAUCAUUUUUCCCAUCAUAAAGGCUGAAGGAGUCAGGCAAAUGUUCUUCCCUGCAACUGUCCCGGCAUAUCAUAGAGCUCCUCCUGUUGAAUGAAGUAUUAAUAGAAUUCAGUGAGACAAAAGUCAAGGUAGCUUUAUGUCACGUAUCGACUCAUUGGGGAUUUGAGUUCUACACCAAGUACCUUGCAAGCACAUUAGUUUGUGAGCGGUAAGACAGGCAGGGUAGAUCUCUAUCGCAUCACCUGAGUUAGUCUUUGGGCAUAAUGCACGGAAGUACACAAUACCAUUCAUGGAGCCGGCUUCUCGGGAAGAUCUUAAGCACCCAAUCCAUGACAAGUGGUAUCAGAGCCAGCCUAGGGGUCCUGUGAUGGGGAUGGUAUGUAGGACUUACACAAAGCACCUUUAUUGUGGGGUCCGCACCAAGGGUGGUGUCUGCACGGGGCGGGUUCCCAUGGGUAGGGGAACGGACAAGUUUGAGGCAGGCAGGGUAAUGUCCCUUGACGAGGGCGUUAGGGAUUGACGAUGGUAGCAUGUCACGUAUCGAUUCAUUGGGGAUUCGAGUUCUACACCAAGCACCUUGUAAGAGCAUUAGUUUGUGAGCGGCAAGACUGGUUCCUAUCGCAUCACCAGGGUUGGUCUUUGGGCAUAAUGCAUGGGGUACACAAUACCACUUGUGGAGCCGGCUUCUCGGGAGGAUGACAAGCGCCCAGUCCGUGACAUUUAGCUUGAAGGCAUUCUGGCUUUUACCUUUAACUACCUUCCUUGUUGAAGUUGAUGGAAAAGAUGUCUGCUUAUUGGCCAUAUUCUUUGAUUUUUGAGACUACUCGAAACUGAAGUUGAAAUCUAGGAAUGAAAAUUUCAACUGCAAAAAUGUAUUUGUGCCAACUCCUCUAUGUAUCUCUUAAAUGAAAUAAAUCUCAUUUCUUUAUGUUAGUAA